CACCGUUAUGAGACGGAGCGAGCACUGGUGAGGGUCUGGAGGGGGAAUUCCUGCCAACUGUAGCAGCACAGAAAUACAUUUUCAUCAGGUUUGACGUGGACGUGUUCAGCUGAUAGCGAUGUCUCCAGUGAAGAAGAGUUGCUCUGCAGCAGCCCCGUUGCCUCAGCUCAAGAUGUAUAGCUUCAUGGGAGGGGGCCUGUUCUGUGCCAUCGUGGGUAACAUCCUGUUGGUGGUCUCCACUGCAACCGACUACUGGAUGCAGUAUCGGCUGUCUGGGAACUACGCCCACCAGGGUCUCUGGAGGUACUGCAUGUCCAACAAGUGCUACAUGCAGACCGACAGCAUAGCUUAUUGGAACGCCACCAGAGCCUUCAUGAUCCUAUCUGGGAUGUCGUGCUUCGCAGGCAUCAUUGCAGGCAUCAUGUCCUUUUCCCACUUCUCCUCCUUUGAACGGUUCAACCGCUCCUUCGCUGCAGGAAUCAUGUUUUUUGUCUCUACUUUCUUUGUUCUGCUGGCCAUGGCCAUCUACACCGGAGUGACAAUCAACUUCCUGGGAAAGCGUUUUGGGGAUUGGCGUUUCUCCUGGUCAUACAUACUGGGCUGGGUGGCCAUGCUCAUGACAUUCUUCGCAGGUAUUUUCUACAUAUGUGCCUACAGGAUGUGCGAAUGCCGGAGAGGAAACGGACCUCGCUAAAAGACUACAGAAGGCUUUUGAUUUGAAAGAAUAAUCAGAAAGCAUCGUCGCGUCGAGCUGAUGAAGAGGAGACACCCGAUUCUGGAGGUCACCAAUGAAACUGGAACGUUUUCUGAGAAUAUUUAGGAUUUAAAAAAUAUAUAUAUAAACUUAA